AUGUCAUCUAAACAAGGGUCGUCGAUUGUGACGUCAGAUCUGAUUGUCAAGAUUGAAAACACCCCGGAUUUACCACCAGAUACCUGGUAUCUUAUCUGUGCUGCCGUCUUGUGUGCGUUAAAUGAGCCGACUGAAGUGGCAGCAUUGCUUAAGCAUCUCAUUCACGAUGCGGAGGGAGACCUGACCGAGCAGAAGCGGCUUGCUACCAGAUAUCGCGAAGCAUUGAUCAAGAUCGCUCCUCUCUCUGGCAUGCCAAAGACUAUUAAUAGCUUACUAGCUUUGAAACGAGUCACGCCACCCGAGCUUCUGGAUGAUGCCAGUACACAAACGACUCGCACCAAGGAUUUUACAGAGACACCUGCUGCCGAUGUGCUUGCUCGUGGCAAAGACUUCUUUGGUGUCGUGUAUGGCAGCAAAGCCUCGUCGAUGAUGAAGGUGCUCGACUCGUGCGGCACGCCAGAUCUAGGCGCAGCGGCGCGGCUCAUGUAUGCCUUCUUCCCAAGCAACACAUCUGUGCUGUCGGGGGCAGAGACCAUGUGUGUAUCGUUUGUUGGAGCCAUUGCUGUAGAUGUCCAAGACGUUGCAUUGAACCACAUGCGCGGCGCUGUCAACCACGGAGCGAGUGUCCGACAAGUCAAUGCCGUGCGUGAGGCCGCCGUGGUACUCUGUGAGACGGUUAUUUCGUGCCAAGACGGGAAAAGUCGCGGCUAUGUUGCGCGGCUAUGA